AACAGAAAAGCCUUGAUGCUGUGUAAGGACUGCUCAGCAACAGCUAAAACAUCGGUGUGUUUUAUGCCUAGGUUCAAACCAGCAGCAUAUGCACUACUAUGAAGAAAACCAACUAUCCCAGCCAAAACCGGUACAACCAUACCGAUGGGAGCCUACAAAAAAAGAAAUGGGAUGGGAUAGCCUGGACAUGGGUUCCUGGGACCACUACUGAUGCCUUGGGGGUAUCUGCAACCUCUGCUCCAUGCAGAGGAACAUAGCAAAGGCAUUCAAGGUGACUGUCAACCAUUGGCAGUGGCAGCUUCUGGUGGAGAAGAUGCAGACUGUGCCAGCUGCAAGGCACUGCUUUCCAGUGCGCUGGCAAAGGAGAUGCCCAUCUUCCUUGAACAUCACCGACAGGAUGAGAAUUUCAUGUGUCCAGCUUGGACUUGGACCCCCAGCACUUACAUUUUGGUGUGAGGCUCCCAGGAUAAACUGCUGGAUCAAGAGCACACAGGUCUGUGUGCCUUGGGCCUCCCUCUCCUGCUUUUCCGUCCAGGACAGAGGCAGAGGAGAUGCUUCUCCUGAUGGGGAAGUCCAACAGGACUGGGAGGAGUCAUGCCCACUUGCUCCCCUUGGCUACCAAAGGAGCAAGGGAGGCCCCUGUGAACCUCUGGAGAGAGGACUCCAAACUGGAAGGACAUAGCGAUGGCUCUUUUCCCUUCAGCCCCAACAAGCCAGACCCCUCUGCCUCAGGAAGCCUGAGGCGUUCUAAUUCUUUGUGAGUUGAUGAAGAUGCAGUCAUCUGAAGGGAGGGGAGGUGCUCCCCCUUUUUGAGGACUUCCCUGUCCCGUUCACCAAGUUCAGAGAUGUCCCUGGCUCAGCUGCCCUUCCUCAGCAUCUUGUUUCCAGGAGGUCAGCGCUGCCUGGAGGUGUCGACACACUCUGCACCACCUUGGGGACACCCCUCCCAGGUGUCUUUUUUGGAGAAAGGGCUUUGUUUUCCUUAACGCAUCUCUGACCUGCCUCAAUACAGAAGGAUCUCUAUCCCGGAGCCCUAUGCUGGGUCCUUCUGGGAAAACCCUCCGGCACAGGAAAGCAAGCUGUGACAAUGUGAACAAGUUGAAUGGGAUCUGUUUAUGCCACACUGGGGAAGAGAAACCUCCCUGGGAUAACUCACAUCUGUGGUCAGAAGGGGCUCUCUUAGGCUGAGGAGGUUCUCCCUCAGGAAGAAACUCUCCUUUCCUAGUUCAGGGCAAUAUGAGAGGUCUGUGAAUAAAGAACUAGUAGUAGGGACUUAUGUUUUGGUGAGAGCAAUGCACUUCCCAACUCUUCUUGAAAGACAGCGCAGAAAUGCAUUCCCUUUCCUACAGGUCUUCUUGGUGGCAAAUGCAGGAGAGGAAGACAAACGAUGCCAUGUGGAGAAAAAGGGCUGGAACAAUGAGACCUCGCAGAUGGAGUUCCUCCUGCUGGGAUUUGGUAAUGUUCUCUCACUCCAGACACCGCUCUUCCUCCUCACCCUUAUGAUCUACUCGGUCAUUGUGCUUGGGAACAUCCUCAUUGUUGUGCUGGUGGUGGCAGACAGGCAACUGCACACCCCCACGUACUUCUUCCUGGGCAAUCUGUCCUCCUUGGAGACCUGCUACAGCUCUGCAAUCCUGCCCCGGCUACUGGCCAGCUUCCUGACCGGGAACGGCCCCAUCUCUGCUCAUGGCUGGAUCGCUCAGCUCUAUCCUUUUGGUUUCUGUGCAACUACUGAUUGUUACCUGCUGGCAGCCAUGUCCCACGAUCGGUACUUGGCCAUAUGCCGACCUCUGCUCUAUGCAAGCCUCAUGACCUGCAAGGUCAGUCACCAGCUGGUGGCUGGGUCCUGGCUCGGGGGUUCCCUGGUGUCUGGAGUACUCACAUUCCUCUUGUCCCAGCUGCAGGUCUGUGGCCCUAAGGCAAUUGACCACUUCUUCUGGGAUUUUACCCCAUUGCUGGAGCUCUCCUGCAGUGACACCAGGCUGGCCAAACCGGUAACUUUAUUACUAUCUUUCUUGAACGUGGUCUUCCCCUUCCCGUUCACACCGGCCUCCUGUGUGUGCAUCGUAGCUGCCAUCCUGAGGAUCCCGUCCAGCGUUGGCAGGCGGAAGGCCUUCUCCACCGGCUCCUCUCACCUCCCUGUCGUCACUGUUUUCUACGGCACCCUCAUCGUUGUCUACGUGCUGCCCAGAACAGCCCUGCUGAGGCAGCUCAACAAAGUGUUGCCUUUUUUUUUUUUUUUCUACGCCACCUUCACGCCCCUGGUCAAUCCCCUCAUCUACAGCCCGCGGAACAGGGAGGUGAGGGAGGCCCUGAGGAAAAUGCUCAGGAAAGCCCUGGCUUGCACCCAGAGCUCCUGCUACCUUGGUGGCACAGGAAAAAGACACUUCUAGCUCCUUUGAAUGGGAAAGCUCUGGAUACCAGCUGGCUCCUCAGAAGUGCACGGCGCUGAGACCGCUUGUGGAGUGGCAAGGGGAAGAAAGCAAAAGGUCCUCGGAGAGAAAUACUGUUGUUUAGGAAGCGAUGCUGCAAACGCCAUGGGUUGGCUUUUUCCUUGAUGAUAAACACCUUGGUCGUCUUGACGUGUGCGAACUCUCGAAGUGUCAAGGUUUUCUUUGCUGGAGGAGAUAAGAAAAGCUAGACGGAAGACUAGACAACUCAAUCAGUCGUAGACAUCUGCACUGAGCCUGUGUGAAGGAGGAGCCACCCCAAAGGAUCCUGCAGCGACCUGUUUGUCCGCGAUCCUUUCUCUGAGUCCGCUUCUGGAACUGCAGGGGCAGUGCUUGUGUGCAGAGUCCCGGAACGGCAGCACUGCCAGGGAGCACCAGCGCCUGCUCUGUCCAGAGCUGCGCUUUCCACUGCCACACUCUCCUCCUGAGCCCUUCUGGCGUUGCAAGGCCGGAGUGCUCCAGCAGCUUGGCCACAGUUCUCCUGUGUGGCCAUCCUGUGACGGCAGGCAGGGAAAGGCACUGGGCACUGCUGGGACAGAGCUCGCCACGCUCCAGAGCAGCAUUUGCGUCAUGGAAGGAGAUCCCCUCAGGGCAGUGCCUUAAGGCUUAGGUCUUCUUCCAAAGUGUCUCUCAAGAACAUGCCCGGGAAAGUGACCAGGAGAGGAAAUCACCAGCGAACAGCUAAAGGGUGUGAGUGGGGAGGGUGGGGGAACACAGCCCUGUCCUCGCACAGCCAGGCGUCCUGGGAGAGACAUGAAGGACCAGAAGAGCAGGGUCUAUAAACCGUUUCAAUUAGGGAGUCCAUUUUAUACCAUUCCUUGGAGAAAAACCAUUGUAAGUAUAUAAAGUAAGGUUAGCAACAAUGUGUUCUUUAUGUGCCCCUGCUUUUUUCCAAUGCGGCACCGCAAGGCCCACUUCAAUUCUGCGUAUUCAUUUGGGCUAAGUAAAUCCACCCCCCAAGCUUGGCUAGUUUUUCAAAGCCAUCGUUUCCAAGUGGCAAAGCAGAUGCAGUACUGAAAUGCUGACAGCCAGGUUGCAGAGAGAGAGGGAAAAAUCGGGGAAGUUGUAUUCUCCGGAUUCACAAAUUUGUCAGUAAAGAGAAAGGCCCACAGCCUGUGGGGUGUUUCCAUUAAUUGGCCCUAUAGGAACUGAGUUUUGGGGCCUCUUGGCUCAAGCCUGCUGCAUUUACAUUUCCAGCAAGGGGUAAAGCUCCAGUUCAGGCAUCAAACUUUUGCCCAUCCUGCCCGGAGAGCCAGGACAGUUGUGUCACGCAAUGGUCCACGUCAGAGGGAAGACGGAGGUAGUGUGAACUGAAAUGGUUUGGGCUCAGUCGGAAGCUCCAGUCCUGAGCUGGCAGGACAACAUUGGCUGCAGUUAGACGUGAGUUCUCUGUCCCGCCAGUGAGUUCAGACCUGGUUGGCAGAGUUUCUCAUACACCUCACUGAGAAGGACAGGGUGUCAGGGAGAGGAGAGCAUGCUUCAGAUUCCCAAAUGCAAGGACAGUGCCCAAACCAUCCUUCCCUUGUAGAGGCCAAAGCCUUAUUUACAGGGGGCAAAGGCUCGCUUUUGGUCCCCAACCCUCAUUUUUUACCUUCCAAAGCCUCCUUUCCAGGGACCAAAACCUCCUUUUUAGGAACCACAGUGUCAUGUUUUGGAUCUAGUCUGCAAUUUGGAGGGCCCAAAGCCUGAUUUGAGGGGCCAAACUCCUGAUUUAGGGUACAAAGCCUCAUUUGGAGCCUUCAGAGACCCAUUUUUAGGGUGCAAAUCCUUAGUUUUUCUACUGAAGCAUCCUCUGAGGGCCCAAAUUUCAGGGUCAAGAGGCCGUGCCUAUGCAUGCAGGGGUAGAGUUACGGAAACCAGAGCUCAGCUGCAGCUGGAAUCAACAAGGGCUGAGCAUCUAGCCACAGAGCAGCCACCUUGAACUUGCAUUUGCAGAAGUGGAUUUCUUUUUCUAAUUUAAUCCAAUGGCAUGAGAUGUGUUUGCAUGCUACACCAGAUCCAGCCUCCACCUUAGGUGGUCUCUCACCUUGUGGGUGUCCUGGUUUCAGCUGGGCUGGAGUUAAUUGUCUGCUUAGUAGCUGGGAUAGUGCUAUGUUUUGUGUUCAGUAUGAGAAGAAUGUUGACAACACACCAAGUCAAGGAUUUUUCGGCUUCU